UGAAAAUCACAAUGUAUUUUCAUUGCCUGUUAUGUACUGUAUCCAGCUAAAUACAGAAAGAAUGAAGUUAUAUUGCAUCUUAAUCAAAUGAAUAUUUGUUCAUUCUACUGCAAUUUAUUGUAACGAAACGAUCUAUAAUUAUUGUGUAUGGUUACGGUAGCUGGUUCUCUCAUGUCUUUGCAAACUGUAAACAGUUCAAAAGCCAUGAAAGGGCACCUGCUACUCUCCGAGGUACAGUUGGAUAGUAUGGCUACAGCUGUGUAGGACAAGUAAUAUAACCUUGGCAUUACAAGGAGAUGUGUGGUUAGACACAAGUGAUGUGUUAUUACAAUGGUCAUGUGUGGUUAGACAGUCACACAAGCAUGUGUCUUUGCAAGGGGGAUGUGUGGUUAGAUACAAGUUCUGUGUCAUUACAAGGGGGGGUGUGUGGUUAGAUACAAGUAAUGUGUCAUUACAGGGGAGAUGUGUGGUUAGAUACAAGUUCUGUGUCAUUACAAGGGGGGGUGUGUGGUUAGAUACAAGUUCUGUGUCAUUACAAGGGGGGAUGUGUGGUUAGAUACAAGUAAUGUGUCAUUACAGGGGAGAUGUGUGGUUACAGACAAGUAAUGUGUCAUUACAAGGGAUGUGUGGUUAGAUACAAGUUAUGUGUCAUUACAAGGGAUGUGUGGUUAGACACAAGUAAUGUGUCAUUACAGGGGAGAUGUGUGGUUAGAUACAAGUUAUGUGUCAUUACAAGGGAUGUGUGGUUAGACACAAGUAAUGUGUCAUUACAGGGGAGAUGUGUGGUUACAGACAAGUUAUGUGUCAUUACAAGGGAGAUGUGUGGUAAGUACUGUACCCAAAUCCCUGCACUUUUUUACUUCUUUUGAAGAGCAUAUGCAACAAUCCCUCCCUUUAGCCGUAAUUGUCAUUUUUUGACGGAGGCCGAAUGACGAAAGAAGAUACAAGUAAUGUGUCAUUAUAAGGGAGAUGUGUGGUUAGACACAAAUAAUGUGUCAUUACAGGGGAGAUGUGUGGUUAGACACCAGUCUUUUUUUUGCUGUAGACAUCCAUUUGAGGAGUUCUUUUAAAAUUCAAAUUGGGAAGAAUCCAUAUGAGAAAAAUAAAACAUUGAUAUGAUAAACACAAUUAUUCACAUACAUGUUGAAAAUUCUGUUUCAGAAAAUCUCAAAAUAUGACUUUCUAAUAUAAAAGUCACAAUUUUAAGUUUCGUUGUCGUUUCAUUUUCUAGAUUUUCAAAAUAAUGAAAUAUCCAUAGUAUUGCCAAACUAAAGAGAAGAAAAUGGCGCGAUUGAAGUAUGCUUGUGACAUGGACAAAUCAGUCCUGUUAAAUAACUUUGAGGCUCGAGGCUGGAUACCUGUUAGUCAAGACGAUGACUGGAACUUUUACUGGGCCAAUGUGCAGAGUGUAAGGAAUAUAUUUAGUAUAGAUUCUGGGUACAGACUUACAGAUGACCAAAUCAUAAAUCAUUUUCCAAACCAUGUUGAGUUAACACGAAAAGAUCUGAUGGUGAAAAACAUCAAGCGUUAUCGCAAGGACCUGGAUAAGGAAGGAAAUCCCCUUGCGGAGAAAGAUGAAUUUGGACGCUAUAUACAUCUAGACUUUAUUCCGCAGACGUUUAUGUUACCAGCUGAUUAUAACUUGUUUGUAGAGGAAUUCAGGAAAAAUCCCAAUACGACCUGGAUCAUGAAGCCUUGUGGGAAGGCUCGUGGAAUUGGAAUUUUUCUGGUGAAUAAAUUAUCUCAGCUAAAGAAGUGGUCUAGAGACAGUAAAACAAGCAAUUUCACCCCACCGACAUCAAAAGACACAUAUGUAAUCUCUAAGUACAUUGACAACCCACUCCUGAUUGGAGGAAAGAAGUUUGAUCUGCGUCUGUAUGUGUUGGUGACAUCUUUUCGCCCACUAAAGUGUUACAUGUUCAGACUUGGCUUUGCCCGUUUCUGUACUGUGAAAUACAACGCCAGUAUCAACGAACUCGACAACAUGUUUGUUCAUCUCACAAAUGUCUCUAUACAGAAACAAGGGGAUGAGUAUAACGCAGUGCAUGGUGGGAAAUGGACAAUACAGAAUCUCCGCCUUUUCCUGGAGAGUACGCGUGGGAAGGAUGUAACAGACAAGUUGUUUGAUGAAAUUAACUGGCAGACUGUGCAUUCAUUAAAAGCUGUGUCGAACGUUAUUUCCAACGAUCGCCACUGUUUUGAAUGUUAUGGGUAUGAUUACAUUGUUGACGACAACCUAAAGCCUUGGCUUAUUGAGGUGAAUGCGUCGCCCUCUCUGACCAGUACCACGUCCAGUGACAGAAUCAUGAAGUACAAGCUGAUGAAUGAUCUCAUAAACAUUGUCAUACAACCAGGCCAGAUGCCAGACGUACGGUGGAACAGAAUACCGUCCAAAGAUGCUUUGGGAAAUUUUGAUAUUCUGUUUGAUGAAGAACUUGCUCAACAGGAUGCGGUGUCUCAGGAUCCCAAGAAGAUGGGACCUGGGGGACUUUUACGGGGAUUUAAGGAUGCCCGUGGACGUCCCUCACCAGCUACAUGGAAAUGAACUGUCAUAAAAUCGGGAUCUUAAAAUUAAAUUUAACUUUCUUCAGUGCCUACACCAAUAUAUUGGAUAUGUUGGCGUUGUUGAGUCUGCUGGGAUAAGUUAACCAUGUUAAGAAUUACUCCGUCUUAAGAGAAAUCUCGAGUGCGACCCUGUGUUGGAUUUUUCAUUCCGUCCAAUCUGUGUGGUAUCCUUAUGCGACAAUUAUGACAUUUGGGGCAAUAUAAGAUCAUACUUUUCCUGCAAAUUUGAUACAAUUAUGUACAAAAAAAGAAAAAAAUCUUAACCUAUGUUCAAGAUCGAUUUAUUUCAAUCUUGGCCGGACAUUCUAUCAAUUUUGCCUGAAAGAUUUUUUUUCAGAAUGUCAUCCGUCUACUGUGUGAGAGAUAAAUUGAUAUUAUUGACCACAAACACUGGUAACAGAUUCCUGAUUCUAUCAUUUCCACAAAGGAGAUUACUGUACAUAACAAUAUCAUACAUCUGUAUUAAGGGAUUAUCUUUUUUAAGGGACUUAUUUUGAGAUUUUCCUUGGAUGGACUCACAGAUUUGACCAUAGGUCUUUUUGAAAAUUUCAUGACUUUCACCUGGGGCCUGUUCGUUUAUGCGGACAAACCAGUUCAUCUAUUUUUAAAUGUAAUAUUUAAGGCAUAUAUCCCGACGGACCUGCAGAUGUUAUGCAGGCCUUAAAAGUCUUUGUCAAAUCUCACAUGAAAACAACAAAACAAUACCAGGUCUGUCUUUAUUUCAUAAAUGAACUCUGGUCCAACCUGUCCAACAGUUUGAACAGCGAUAAACAAAAACUGCCGUAAUAUCUAAUUUCAAAAGGUAUUUUUUCAGAGAGCUGAAUCAUUUUAAAUAACCUCUGCUGUUGUGAAAUUUGAGGACUAAGCCAGAACACUGGACUUUGAAUAUGUAUGGAUUUAUGUGGCUACAUGUUAAUAUCUAUGUUACAUAUACAUAUGAUUACCUGGUACGAGUAUUGGUAUGUCAUAUAAGUUAACUCAGCAGCAUAAAGAGUUUAAGAUUUUGACUACAUUCAUUUCUACGAGAACAUUUAUAUAUGUUUCUAUGAAUCACCACCAUCAUAUCAACAAAAACAAAUUCACUGUUUACUAUUCCUUUACAUCAAAUAGACUACUCCCUCCAGGAAUGAGAAUUCUGGAAUAGCCAUACUUUUUG